AUGAGAUCGACUAAAUAUUCAAAGCAACAUAAACUUCUUGGAGAAUUUAUGAACAUUGCAGUCGAUGCAGUCUUACGUUUGUCAUGCAUGAUGAUAUUACUACCAAAAUUGUUUGAUUCAGACGCGCAUGCAAAAAUCACCAUCGACGAUGAUACUGGUCACUUUGUUGAUUCACAAGGAUUUAUUAAAUUAUUUCGUGGAGUCAACUGUGUGCAUAAGGUCGCACCAUUUUACUUUCCAAAACUACUUGACCCUCAUUCAUUCAGAGUACUUAGAGAUUGGGGAAUUAAUGUUAUACGCUUAGAAUUCAAUUGGAUAGCAUUGAAACCACAGGAAAAUGAAACCAGUCGAGAGUACUUAGAUAUCAUUGAAAAGAUUAUCGACAAUGCUGGAUUAUAUGGAGUUUAUAUUAUCAUUGACUUGCAUCAAGAUGGAUUAUCGAAACGUCUAGCUGCAAUCGAUGCUGUGCCUAAUUGGUUUAUGGAUAAAAUAAAGCGACCACCAUAUUUAUUCCAAUAUCCUUGGCCACUAACGAAAGAUCCAAGUAAAAGCAACUGGUUUCUAACGUACACCACGUAUGAGAGUGCACAUGUAUUUGAAAGUAUAUAUAAAAAU